GAGCAGGAGUGUCGAGGGACUAUAAAAGGCGUGAGUGAGGCCCUUGGACGCCACACGCCCUCCCUGCAGCCGCUGCUCGAGAACCACUUCCUUGACCCAAAGACUUCGAGAUGGCCGGCGGACGCGCUCGCUCUCCCUCGGGACUCCUCCUUCGCCUGAGCCUCUUGCUGGUCCUUCUGGCGUGCUCCUCCUCGCCCGCCUCGUCCUCGAGCCUUCCCGCCCUUGAGGCCUUAUCCCCGAGGACGGAGGAUGGUGCUCAGGUGGCGCUGCACCUGGUCAAGCGCCAGGCGACAGGUCUGGCCAGCAGCGAGGAGGCGGCGCUGCUGGCGCUGUUCGACCUCGUGCCCCGCGCCGACCGACGCUCCGCCGCCUCCAUGCUCGACCGCCUCUUCACCACGCUCGACCUCAACGAAGACGGGCUGAUCGACUCGCGGGAGUUCGAGACCGUCCUCAGGCUGGUCGCCAACAUGAACCGCCACCCCUCCUUCGUCUGAGCCUUCUGCCCCCAGAGCAUCCCGUCGACCUCAGGACCGACCCAUGCCGACCCAUGACUUCGCUGGAGAACAAAAAGCAUUUAGAACGACGAGUUCUGACAAGCUCGCUGGCUGAAGAACAAAAAAUAUUGAUGACUAAUGGAAGCCAUUUUUGUCCAGGCUUGCAUUAGGUACUGUUUAUGUCUAAUAAAAAUGGCCUUUUUAGA